AUGACUGCAGGAGCCUUGCGUUCAGGAGGUUUUUGGGUUAUAGGCAGUAAAAGGUUAGUUUCUACAAUCAUCAGACAAUGUGUCACAUGUAAGAAAUUGCGAGGUCAGUUUAAAGUACAAAAGAUGUCUGACCUUCCGGAAGAUAGACUCACUCCAGGACCUCCUUUUACCUUUGUGGGAAUUGAUACAUUUGGACCAUACCAAAUCAUUCAUAGAAAAACUAGAGGCUCAUCAAUCAAUCAGAAAAGAUGGGCAAUAUUAUUCACAUGUUUGGUUUCAAGAGCGAUACAUAUUGAAGUCAUAGAAGAAAUGAGUAGCGCCAGUUUUAUCAAUGCAUAUCGUCGUUUCAUUGCUAUCAGAGGAUCUGUUAAAAUUCUUCGAUCAGACAGAGGAACAAAUUUUGUUGGUGCAAUACAAGAUUUAGGAAUCACAGCCGAAUUCAUUGAAAAAGGCACUGUUGAUACAAUGCUAUCACAAUACGGAACUAUAUGGAAAUUCAACCCUCCGCAUGCUUCACAUUUUGGUGGAUCUUUGGAAAGGAUGAUAGGCUUGAGCAGAAGGAUUUUAGAUUGCAUGCUCAUUCGUGAGAAAAAUAGACUCACGCAUGAAAUUUUAGUUACUUUGAUGGCAGAGGUCAGUGCUAUUGUGAAUUCAAGGCCGUUAGUAUCUGUCUCUACUGACCCGGAUAACCCGGAAGUAUUAUCUCCGUCUAUGCUCUUAACACACAAGAAAGGACAGGAUGAACAAUCUAUGCUACAAUUUGGAACUAAGGACAUGCUACGUAGUCAGUGGAAGAUGGUUCAAGGACUGGCAGAUGAAUUCUGGUCAAAAUGGAAUAAAGAAUAUUUACAUACACUACAAGUAAGGAAAAAGUGGGAAAUGCCGAUAAAGGACUUAAAUAUAGGAGACAUAGUUCUCAUGAGGGACCGAGAGUUACCAAGACCACAGUGGCCGAUGGCAAUAGUAACAAAAGUUUUCCCCAGUGCCGACAUGAAAAUCCGAAAAGUGGAAAUUCGAACUAUUAGAGACAACAAACCCAGUUCAUUCAUAAGACCAAUUGUUGAACUCAUUCCUCUCGUUCUUACUGAUUCAAAAUGA